UCCAUCCUAACCCUGUGGUUUUGUUAAGGUUGUGUUGUGGCUGUGUUUUAACCAUGUUGUUGUGUUGCGGUCUAGGUUCCACCAUGACUACAGGGUUGCGGUCAAUAUAAAUGACUACCUCGACAUCUACUGUCCAUUCUACACCAACGGCCCUCCGGCUCACGGUCGAAUGGAACGCUAUAUCCUGUUCAUGGUCAACCAUGAGGGGUACACUUCCUGUCAACACAGGAUGAGGGGGUUCAAACGCUGGGAGUGCAACCGUCCUACCGGUCCUGACGGUCCCCUGCGCUUCUCAGAAAAGUUCCAGCUGUUUACGCCUUUCUCCCUGGGCUUCGAGUUCAGGCCAGGACACGAAUAUUACUAUAUCUCAUCUCCUCAUCCCAACCAUGUAGGGAGGCCGUGUCUGAGGCUGAAGGUGUAUGUCAGACCCCCAGGCAGUUCAGGGUUUGACUCUCCAGAGCCCUUUCUGACUGAUGGAGCUGCAGACUGGAGCCCAGAGUCCCUGCUAGCCCCAGCCCUAAUACCCAGCCUGGCCUCACUGCUACUGGGCUUCCUCUCAUCGCUGUGACCCCCCCUCCACUGGAGCAAGACCUAGACCAGUCUUUGCUGGAAGACUGCCUGUAGGACUGGCUUGCUGUCCCUCAAACUCCCACACGCUCAGGGAGAAACUCUCUUUCAGUCCUGGAUUAAAACCCACUGUGGGUCCCCAGGACAAGCAUUUACAGCUCCUGGGUUAAUUCAUGGAUGAAGAGCCCCUAGUCUAAACUUAACCCUAACCCCCCUGGGGUGUCUGAAGAGACAUGGAUGGGGGGUGGUGGUAGUUAGCUGGACACACACAUGCAUGACCACUGUGAAUCUGGACUGAACUGAUGGUUUCUGUUAUGUUUACAUGAUCACAUAUAAUUUAACUGAAGAUGGUUCCACUUGAUGUCAUGGUUAUAUUUGAAAUGGACAGUUAAUUAGACUUCCAAAGUGCAGAUUCUGAUCUGACACUCAGAAGCCUUCUGAUGGACAUAGUUACUACUGCAACCCCCAGCCCAUAGAGGGAAGAGGAGAAGGAGGGGGAGAGGGAAACAGGCAGUGUGAGAGAGAAAUAAACAAAGAAAAGGAGAGAGAAAGAAAGAGAGUCUCGGGACCGAGACUUCUUUAAGAGACUUUAAUGUCGGGAAGAGAACAUAAUGAGAAGGCACUGUGUUCACACACACACAAACAAACAAGAACACUGACACGUUUCUACCCUGUUUCAUCUUAUUUUUGUUCCGUUUAAAAGCACCAUCAAAUAUUCAUGAGAGAGAGAGAGAGAGAGAGAGAGAGAGAGAGAGAGAGAGAGAGCGAGCGACAGACAGAGACAGAGAGAGAGAGAGAGAGAGUGAGCGACAGAGAGACAGAGAGAGAGAGAGAGAGAGAGAGAGAGAGAAAGGAAAGUUUGGUCCUUGCUUUAUUCUCCAACCCUAAAACGGUUGAUGAUGACUCAAUAUUCUGUUCCUCUGAUGUUGCGUGUCUUAGUGUGUGUAAUCCGCCGGUAGUUGGUUCUAUCAUGUACAGCAUUUACGCUAAGGCGAUCCCUGCCAUGGUUUAAUGUAUAAAAGGUUUCCUUCACGUCUCCAUCUCAUGAGUUUGUCUCCUGUUCUGAUCUGUUGUUUUUGUCAAGAUGAUGAGAGACAGGAGAGAAACACACCAAUAAAGGUUGUUUUGUCUACA